GGAGGAGCCACAGUUUGAGUACUGAAGUCAUUAUUGCUUGGAGUCUAUAAAAAGGCAGUUGCACAGUAAGUAAUUUAUACGUGGUCAGCUUUGGCUCCAUGGAUUUGCUAAUUCCUUUCCCUCUAUUUUUUAUCAUCUUUGCCCACCAAGGAGUCCCCAGCCCCAGACGUCAGGGGGGCUGAAACUUCAGCGCUCUGGAGGAGAGGUUGCAGACGAUGAAGAGGAAGAACAGCUGAAGGAGCAGCUCUGGUAAAUAGGAUCUUCUGCCUUUUGGAAAAUGCAUUUGCCACACUCCUCGGCAAGCCCUUCAGAGGGAGCAGAACGUGUUAGCUCCCAAAGAUGAACGUGUCCUCUGAAUUCUAUGUUUCUGAACUAAACCUGAGUGCCUUUGGUGGCAACUUUACUGUGCCUACUGCAAAGAGCAAAUCAUCGCCAUGUGAGCAAGUGGUCAUCGCAGCUGAGGUGUUCCUAACUCUGGGCAUUGUAAGCCUCCUCGAAAACAUCUUAGUGAUCUGUGCAAUAGUUAAGAACAAGAACUUGCACUCACCCAUGUAUUUUUUCGUUUGCAGUUUAGCAGUGGCUGACAUGCUGGUUAGCGUGUCCAAUGCUUGGGAGACCAUAACCAUAUAYUUAAUAAACAAUAAACACAUCGUCAUGGAAGAUGCCUUUGUCCGUCACAUAGACAAUGUCUUUGAUUCCAUGAUCUGCAUAUCUGUGGUGGCUUCCAUGUGCAGUUUGCUGGCUAUAGCAGUAGACAGAUAUAUCACUAUCUUCUACGCCCUGCGUUAUCACAACAUCAUGACAGUGAAAAGAUCAGGGCUGAUCAUUGCAUGCAUCUGGACCUUUUGCACRGGCUGUGGCAUUAUCUUCAUUCUUUAUUAUGAGUCAACUUACGUGGUCAUUUGUCUCAUCACCAUGUUUUUUACCAUGUUGUUCCUCAUGGUCUCGCUCUACAUCCACAUGUUCCUCCUGGCUCGCACCCACGUGAAGAAAAUCGCUGCUUUGCCUGGGUACAACUCUGUCCGCCAAAGAACCAGCAUGAAAGGAGCCAUCACUCUGACCAUGCUUCUUGGCAUCUUCAUUGUUUGCUGGGCUCCAUUCUUCCUUCACCUCAUCCUGAUGAUCUCCUGCCCUCARAACCUCUACUGUGUUUGCUUCAUGUCCCACUUCAACAUGUACCUCAUUCUCAUUAUGUGUAACUCGGUGAUCGAUCCCCUGAUCUACGCCUUUCGUAGCCAGGAAAUGAGGAAGACCUUCAAAGAGAUAAUUUGUUGUUACAGCCUGAGAAUGCUCUGUGGGUUGUCAAACAAAUAUUAACAAAACCAAACCAAGGGAGAUAAUCGAAAGGCAACAUCUUCCUGCAUCCUGUAAUUCUGGUGAAAUGCCCAUGGAACAUUUUCUCCAUUCAGCUGUCMUGAUUCCUGCAGCAAUCAGAAACCAUUUUUUAACAUGUGAUUUUACAUUUCUUUCCCUCCAACACCUCUCUUGUGCUGGUCGUAGGAGCUACUCAGUGUAUYUUGAAUUUAAUUUACCCAAUUGAGGAUUGAAUUUUGUAAGAGGAUUACACAGGGAAAACCUUAUAUUUCUUUCUGUUAAAUGCAAUGAAUGAGACCUAACAUGUGAAUGAACCCAUCGGCCUCUCAAUAUGUAUUUCUUUUGAUGUUAUUUGUUUCUCUAGAUUUCAAAAAAGAAAAAWUUCUCUAGAUAAAAACAAGCAUGGCUUAUUUUGAUGCCCAGAAUUUACAAGGGUUUUUUUUUUUUUUAAAUUUCUUUAUGAAGACAAAACAAUCAUAGAAUAGUUUCAAUUUUUCAGCUUCACGUACCUUGGUCAGCAGUUAUGAUUAUGGUACAUGCACAAAUCAGCAGUGUUGUAYUCCAGUCAUGACURUUACUGCCAUAAAAUAUUUAAGAGRCCAAUGUUAGCAWGAGAUUUUCCAGGGUGGAUACAGCACUUUGUCAUAUACACCUACAUGUGUUCAAAUCAUUGUGAAGCAAGAUGUUCUACAUGUGAAUUUUGAGGCUGAAUAUGAAGAUUGAGCUGAUUCUAGUUUGUCUGUUUUCUUUAUUUGUCAGGGCUAGGGGAGAAAAGGGUACUCAGCCUCUAGAUAUUCAUGUAACUUUUUGUGGAGAUGGAAAGACUGAAUGAGUGGCUGCCUUUGUACAGAUAUUAGAGAAGCYUUUUCAGUCAAAAGAGCUUUUGUAAGUGAGGGAAAGCUCUAUUGUAGAUUGCAUCUUUCAAGCUGGGAGAGACAAAACAUSUUUAAUAAUCAAAAGGCACAGCAGGCCAUGGCAAAAGAAGGAUUUCAAAACAUCAGGCACAUGUAGCUGUAACAAAGCCCUGACUUUUGCCCCCCAACAAAGUUUUUCUCUUUGUUGAGAGGGUUCUAAGAUGAAACCCUCAUGCCUGUUGUGCAAGUAAUUUGCAUCUAGUUGUGCUUUCAUAAAGCUGCUGCUCUGGAACAGCUGUGUGAUGUACAAAAUUCUGGGCUUACAAAAGAGGGAGGAAGCGCAACUGUGGCAUUUCUUGAUGGCCAUGGAUGAUGCAUAUCUUGCAUUGUAAUUUAAGGCAUGAAAAGAUUCCAAGUGGUGGUAAACUACUGACUAGAUAUCAGAGAACAUACUGAAAARAUGAACUAUUCCUUCUGAAAUCUGAAAGACUAAUGCUUGUUAUACUUGGUUCAUACAUGCUGUAAAACUCUUAUUUAUCAAUAGAAGAUUUAUGGUUUAUUCCAUGAGCCUUAGGUUAUACUUUCAAGGUAGAAGUCCUGAUUGGGUUUUAGRAAAUUUUUUUGUCAUAAGGGUGGUCAAACAUGGGAACAGAUGCCCAGUGGUUGCGCAAACUCCAUCCUAGAGAUAUUUAGAACCUGACUGGACACGGCCCUGAAAAAUCUGCACUAAAUUGAAAGCUGACCCUAAMUUCAAAGUUGACCCUGCUUUGAACCAUUAGGAGUAGAUUAUCUCCACAGGUCCCUUCCAACCCGAAUUAUUCUGUGAUUCUAUGACAAAGUUUGCAUAUUAUGAUAAAAUUAUAUUUUUUUCCCUCCUAAUUUUAUCUCUCGUGUACAAAAAGUUGCAAAGUAUUAUUCUCCACACACUUAGAACACACUUUAUGUCUUCAUUUGCUUAGGAGUUUUCUCACAGAAGUAAKUUGCACCUUUAGCACCAGAGUUACACAUUUUGUCUGCUCUAAAAUUUCUUAUUCCUCCAGCUCACACAUAGCUCCCUCUGAUAUGAGUGGGAGAGUUAUUCUCAGUGGAGAUAGCUUAUUAUGCUGACUGAUAUAAUGGUUAUAUCAGUGCACUAGGGGCUGGAGUGUUCCUUCAGCYAUGGGAAAAUGGSAUUUCAGAGAAUGUUUGUGGCCAGUAGUGAGAAUCUUGCCUUGUUUCAGUCCAUCUCUGAAUCCUAUCCAUAAAUGUUGGCUCUUGCAACUAUGAAUGUAAAAGACAAAAGGAGAUAGUUACACUGCAGAGUGAAAGGCACCAGCUGAUGUAAAUAAUUCAUUAAAUCUUCACUGGGUGUUGCAAAUAAGACAGUUUUGUAUGUAACUGUAAAUCAACAAAGGGGAAGCCAAAACUGUAACAGCUUUAGGUAUUUUCUUGAAUUGUAUAUUACUCUUUUUGUUUGAAGUUUGAUGUAUAAACACAGACAUAUGAAGAAACUAUUAAACUGGAUCGCUGGAA